AUGGCUGGCGAAUCCUCCAAGACCAAGGGCAAGCACGCCGAACCCAUCCAACCCCCACCAGAGGAAGAUAUCGGUAUGAACUCGGACGAGUCCGAAGACGAGGCUGAUAUCCUCCGAGGCCAAAUCCAGGAACUCAGGGGACAACUACAACAAGUCGCCGACAUGCAGACUCGCGACAAAGAGCAGUACGAUGAGGCGUAUCGCAACUUCGACGAAGGAAUGGCCUUACAACGGGAACAGAACGCGCAGUUAAGAAACGAAAUAAACAACGUAAGCAAUAACACUAUUCGCCAAAUCACCGGCAAGGACCCAGGAGAGAUUAUGAAGCCACGCCAACCGGGACCAUUCGAUAGUACGACCAAGGACCUUCAAGGGUUCCUGACUCAGGUCAGAGCCUAUCAACAGUACUUUCCCUCCAUCCUAAGGACGGAAGAGGACAAAGUACGCCAUGCAGCGGGAUGUCUAUCGGGAGCCGCCUUGGCGUGGUUCGAGCCCACGCUUAGGGAUUUCGUAACCCACGUUUACCAGCACCGGAAGCAAGAUACAAAGGACAUCUUCGCAUACUACUACAACUUUAAGGAAGCAUUAAAGGCGACCUUCGGAACCAUUGAUAAAGAACGCCUAGCCGAGAACCAGCUAGAAGCGUUAAAACAGAAAGGAUCAGCGUCGGACUACAGCGCUCUGUUUGUCCAAAUAGCAUCCAGAACUACGAAGAGCGAGGGAGACAAAAUAGCAGCCUAUUACAAGGGCCUCAAGGACGAGGUCAAGGAUAAACUCUACAAGGAGGACCGACCUGCCGCCCUUGCCACGUAUAUUGCAAUAGCAGUUAAAAUCGACAACCGACAAUUCGAAAGGCGACAGCAGAAGAGGGGACAAUACUUCACCAACUCCUCGAACCGCGAUCGCAGCAACAAAAACAAGAUCUACCCUAACAUAGGAAGACCCCGGUUCCACCUAAGUACGGCUCACGGAGGAACUCAUGCGGGACCCAUGGACUUGGACGCCAUACAACGAAAACUCGCGGCGAUCGAGAAAAAGAACCUCACUUGCUAUAGUUACGGUAAGAAGGGACACUUUGCGCGCGAAUACCAUUCCCAAAAGAAGGAACGAAAGCAGGACUAG